UUUAUUUCCAGAUUGACUGACAUUUAAUAUUUUGUUCUCAAAGUUUAAGGAAGAAUCUUUCAAAGUAGUUCUAUUAGAAUCAUAUUCACCAUUAGAAGCCUUACUAGCAACUCCUUCAUUCUCUUUAUUAGCUUCAUCACUCUGUUUAUCACUUUGAGUGUUAUGUGAGGCCUUAGAAGAGCACUGUUCAUGAAGUUUUUCCAUGAUUAUGUCAUUAAGUAUAUAAACUACGUUAGUGGCGUUUCCUGUCUUUCCUAAAAUCUUAAAAAUCCUGCCUGAAAUAGAAACAUCAGGCAUGAUAGGGACGAUUAUCUUAACUUUAUAGUUAUCCUGUAAUUCCUGAACAUAACAAAUAUCUGGGUUAUGAGUCAUACCCAUACCUGAUUCUACUAAGAGACUAAAGCAGUCUUCAGGAACAAAAAUAGCUUUUUAGAUUUAGUAAGAUACCUAGGAUCAUUUGACAAUUUUCUUUUUGUCUCUGCUCCCAGUCUAAGACGAUGUCAAGUACCAGCUUCUUAGCAAUGGUACAUUGGGGCUUUGUACCAGUGAUAAUAACAAUUUUGCUAUUUUCUUCUUCAUCCAUUUCUCUUCUGACCUGGAUAUGCGUCUUGGAUUGCUGCUGUAAUGUCUUGAUCUUGUCACCUUUUUUACCAAUUAUGAGGCCCACGCAGCCAUCAGGGAUAGGAAUGUUAACUCUUAUCUUAGCUUCAUGUUCAGAAUUUUUGUCUUCUUUGGUAUUUCUUCCUUGUUCUCUUAGUUCCUUCAUUUCUUGCUGUUUUUAUAAAUCUCCUUCUUAGCCUUGGAAUCUAGUGAAACUUUGUUCUGAAUGAGACUGACUGCUUUCUUCACCGCUGCAUCAUCAGGACCUCGGAUAAUACAGUGAUCUUCAUUGGUUCUAUCAGAGAUAGAACCAGAGGACCUGAACAUUAUCUUACAUCCAGUUUCUUCCUCAAGUUUCUUCUGGUGAGUGCCUUUUGGGCCAAGGAGGAGUCCUAUAUAGUUGAUUCCGUCUCUUGGGAGGUCAACUGUUCUAUUACACUUAUAAUGCUUCUUCAUCUGUGGGUCAUCAAUCUCCUCUUCAGAGUCGCUUUCAAACCCUGAGGAGGAUUCAUCAGGGGAUAUUUCUCUCUCUUCAGCUUCAGUGAGCUUGAACCUCUUGUGGCUAAGAGGAUCAGGCAAAACUGAAGACUCAAGCUCGGAUCUCCUCUUCCUGAAAAUUUGGGUUUCGAAGUUUGUCUUGGAUUCCUCUUGGAAUUCUUGAGAGGCUUGGGAUCUGUUUUGGGACAACAUUUGAUGUUUUUGUUGGAAUUUGGUUUUUAA